GUUAGGAUUCUUGAGGAAUAAAAUAAUUGAUUGAUAUAUAUCAAAAACGUUUAACUUUAGACCACCUAGCUACAAUGUGCUUUCUUACAUCAAGAUAGAGAGAUCGCCCAUUCCUAAGUCCUGUUUGGUUGAAUUUGGUCCUGGGUUCUGGAGAGGAAGUUUACGACGACGACAACAACGACAGACAACGAACAAGAAAAGCUGUCUUGAGUCUUUUGCUCAGAUACCUUAAUUUGAACUAAUGGAACAAAACUUGGAUGUGGACGAGAUUUGGAGAGCGUUGAAACCAUGGGGUCGCUAUCAGAUCCGACAACUCAGCUUUAUGUGGGUUGCAAUUCUGCUAACUGCCCUUCAUCUUCUAGUGGUAGUUUUUAACGGGUACACACCACAAUUCCAAUGUGCCGAAAUAUCGCCGACCAAUCACAACAGUUCGAUCAAUUCUACAUAUGACGUCACAUAUGACGAAUGUUCGGUGACGAUAUCCUAUAACCAAUCCAAUUCCUCUCAUACGACCACUUCCUGUCUAAACGGCUACAAGUACAAUGCUCACGACGACAUCUCUUCUUUCGUUACGGAGUGGGGACUGGUGUGCGGAGAGUCGAUCAAAGUGGACAUAUCUCAGUUCUUAAUGAUCUUGGGUCAGGGUGUGGGCGGUUUCCUGUUUACCGGUCUCUCCGAUAAGUUCGGCAGAAAGACCGUGCACAUAAGCUCUCACAUCCUUCUCUUUGUUCUAUGCCUUGUCACUGUGUUCAUUCCGUCCUAUAUAGGAUUCGCCAUUCUCAGAUUCUUCGCUGGCAUGACAGUGGAGGGAUUAUUGUUGUCAAGUGUAACACUAUGUGUAGAAACACUUCCGAUGGAGUGGCGAUUCGUCGCAGAAGUCACUGGAGUCGUCUCCUGGACGACAGGAAUAGUGAUGCUGACUCCCUUAUCAUAUAUUAUGCAGACCUUCUCCUGGAGAUACCUUGAACUUCUCCUGGCACUUCUGUCUGUUUACAGUUUGGUAGAAUACUGGCUGUUUGAUGAAUCUCUAAGAUGGCUUAUGGCGAACGGUCGUUUGGGCGAGGCUGAAAAGGUGGUGCGGAAGGCUGCUAAAAUGAACAAAAUGUCUUUUGAUCAAGUCAUUGGUAUCGUCAAAGCUAAAAUGCGUGAAAUGGAAGCUUUGGAUAAAGAAAACGGUGCAAUACUGGUUGCAUCUGACUCCGAUGCUGUGAUUGAAACCUACAUCCCCAAAAAUACUGAAGUUAAAAAGUAUUCAAUGAUUGAUAUAUUGCGGGAUCGACUAAUAUUAAUUAAUUCCAUCGUAAUUUGGUUUGUGUGGGUUACAAACAGUCUGACGUAUACCGGACUUAAUCUGAUUACCCCCACCCUGUAUGGAAACCGUUUUGUGAACUUCUUUCUUCUCGGUGCUAUUGAAUAUUUGUCAGCCUUGACAGAAUUUCUUCUGAUAAACAGAAUUGGAAGGAAAAAAACCUUGAUUAUCCUGAUGGGAAUUGCUGGGGCAUCCCUUUUAAUCUCUACGCUGAUAUCGUCGUUGCAAGGGGACAACUCGGCUCUAGGAUACCUGGCAACGUUCUUCGUCCUGAUGGGAAAGUACGGUAUUACCGGGGCUUUCAGUUCCGUCUUCCUGUUUACGUCUGAGCUAUACCCCACUAAUCUCAGGAAUUCUGGCUAUGGAUUUGCCUGCGCUUUUGCCAGCAUUGGCGGUGUUUUGGCUCCUUUUGCAAAUACCUUUCACAGAUACGUGGCGUGGGGACCCGGUGUGGUAUUCAGCAUCAUGUGCUUUCUGUCCGCCAUUAUGACAUUUUAUCUACCGGAAACACGUGGCCGAGAACUUCCGACCAGUAUAGAAGAACUCAAAAUGUGGUAUAAAGAACACAGCGGCAUCCAAACCUCAGGGACCAAACAAAACAAGGACUUUGUCGAGCCAAAAAUGAACUAAAUGUUAUAAUA